CUGCUGUCAGGUAAGCUGAGGUGGGAGGAUGCCACGCGGCGAUGCAGCGAACUACCCUCGAUACAUUCUGGAUGAACCCACAGUUCAGGGUUUCGAUGGAGGAUGCAGAUGAAGAUGAUGAUGAGGAGGAGAAGUGUACAUGCAUCGUCGCUCUCAUGCAGAAAGGCGGCCGUAACAAACGCAAGGAAGGCAUGGAUCUACGCACCAUCGGUUAUGCUGUCUACAAGCUGAAGGAAGAGCAAGCUGAUCGUCAUGAACCGCUAGCUAAGCAGUUCUUCGCGUACACGGCAUCGGUGGCGCGCUCUGCCUCCUUCAUCAACAUGAGAGAAGUCAGCAGCAGGUUUAAGCUGCCACCUGGUCAGUACGUCAUCGUUCCGUCGACGUUUGAGCCGGAUGAGCCAGCCGAGUUUGUUCUCAGAGUGUUCUCUGAAAAAUCCAACUCCACCGAGGAAUUUGACGUGGACACAGGCUUUGAUCCAAACGUCACGCCUCCGACGCCACAAGAGGAGGACCAGGACCAGAUGGGGGUACUGUCUGAGGUGUUCAGUGAGGUCGCUGGUGAAGAUCUAGAACUGAACUACACAGAGUUACAGCAGGUGCUAAACACCGUGCUACAGAAAGAGUUUGAGUUUGAUGGAUUCAGCAACGAGUGCUGCAGGAGUAUGGUGGCCAUGAAGGAUGUUGAUAGAUCGGGAGAACUGAGUCUAUCUGAGUUUAGACAGCUGUGGAGAGAUGUACGCUGGUGGAAGGUAGAGUUUGAGUUUGAUGGAUUGUCAGCAACGAGUGCUGCAGGAGUACUGGUGGCCAUGAAGGAUGUUGAUAGAUCGGGAGAACUGAGUCUAUCUGAGUUUAGACAGCUGUGGAGAGAUGUACGCUGGUGGAAGAAUGUGUUCAAGGAGUACGAUACAGAUCAGAGUGGAUGUCUGACGACGUAUGAGUUGAGAGCAGCGAUGCACGCGGCUGGUUACAAUCUUAGCUCUGACGUGCUGAAGACAUUGGUUCUGCGCUAUGGCAAGGAUUCCAAGAUCUCCUUCGAAGAUUUCAUCCUGUGUGCUGUUAAACUGAAGAACAUGAUAGACAAGUUCCAAGACAUUCCUGGAGCAGAGAACAUGGACACGAAUGAAGUAAGUGAGUGGAUGUGUAAUGCUCUCUACUGAGGGGGCACCACCAGAGGGCACCACCAGAUCAUACCACUGUUACGCCCAUUACAUAGUUGCUUAUUUCAGUGGGCGAAAGCCACUAUCUUACAUUCGUGUCCUAUUAUGUUAUCUAUCCGGUGACUGUAGGUUUCACCAUCUAUCUAAAGCAAGAUCGUGUAAGCACCUAAUAGAGUAGUUGAGAUGAUGUAUAUUCUAUUGUCAUAGAUAUUAUGUUUUUAUCAACUAUUUUAUUCCUGUAUUCUCACUCUCACUCUCACUCUCACUCUCUGAGAAUAUCUAAAUUUGACAAGGUACUGUGUCAUCACUGUAGCAUAUGUGUUGAACCGCACGUUUAAAACCUGUUGCUUGUGUUUUCUGCUCGCUGGUCUAUACUGCAUUACGGCAUGCUUAUCUGUGUGUGUGUGUGUGUGUGUGUGUGUGUGCGUGUGCAUGCGUGUGUGCGUGUGUCGUGUGCGUGUGCAGGCGUGUGUGCGUGUGUCGUGUGCGUGUGCGUGUGCGUGUGCGUGUGCGUGUGCGUGUGUGUAUGCAAUGAAUGCCUGUCACUGUGUCCUAUUGUAUGAACGCUUUUAAACCAAGUGUGUUACGACACCAAAGAAAAAUAAUGAUUAAGCUAAAUUAUAUGCGUAUAUGACGUCAUUAUUAAUUAACCACUACAGGGAAGCGUAGCGCUGAGUGUUUCUAUAUGGUUCUAAUGAUGUUGUUAUUGCGAAUAUGUAAUGAUCAAACUCAUCAACACAUGCAACGUGCGAGUCACGACGUGUAGCAUGUGCGCCCAGCAGCAUUGCAUGACAGGCGUGUUUAUCGCAAUGUGGUUGGAUUCAUCGACUCUAUAUCUGGUAAGCUAGAUCUGCAAAUAGCAGAGAAAUUAUCUCAUCAUCAGUA